GUUGAACCUGACUGCGAAGGUGUCAUGACGCAAGGCGAAGACGCGCCGUUCUUGAUCAAAGGGGAUGAAGGCUUCAACCUCAAGCACGAGUUCCGAGAGCUCGUGUCCAUGGCCUUUCAAGUCAGUUUGGCGAGCCUCGUCCGUAUGGGCCUGACUGCUAUUGACAGCGCUUUCUUGGGUCAUCUGGGCGUGCAAGCCUUGGCUGCGUCGUCGUUGGCGUCGGUGUGGAUGGCAGUUCCUUUGUACGGAGUGUGGUCUGGUAUCUCUUGCCUCGUGACGCUGUGUGGUCAAGCGUUCGGCGCGCAGAAUUACCAGUUGGCCGGCAUUUGGCUGCAGUUCGGAGUGAUCAUUUGCUUCUUCAUGUCGUUGGUAUCUGCCGUAUACUACUGGAACAUUGGCAUCCUUCUGCGCAUGUCCACGUCCGACGAAGAAGUGGUGGAGCUCGGCAUUCGCUUCGCCCGCAUCAUGGCACUGACCAUCUUCCCGAGUCUCACGUACGCGUGCAUGCGUCUGUACUUCCAGUCCAUGAGCAUCGUCCUUCCCACGACCCUCGUGGGGCUGGCGUCCGUGGGCGUGGCCGUAGGUGCCAACUACAUGCUCAUCUACGGCACCGCCACGUGGCCAGGCAUGGGCUUCGAUGGGUCACCAUGGGCUACGGUGAUUGCAUGUCUGUUUCAGCCCACGGCGCUGUACUUGUACUGCGUCGUGUGGAAGAAGUACCAUCUUCGAGCGUGGGGUGGAUGGAAGCUCGACGAGCUGACGUGGGAACGCUUCUACACGUUCACAUCUCUCGGAGUGCCAAUGGCAUUCAACUCGUUUAUUACCAACCUCGCCAGCGCCGGCGUGGCCGUCAUGGCGGCCAAGAUGGGUCCCGAGAUCGUUGCUGCCAAUGCGAUAGUGACCCAGUUCUGGACGCUGCUGUACGCGUUCUUCUGGGGCUUUGGCUGCGCGACGCAGACCAAGGUGGCGUUCUACCUGGGCGCGGGAAAGCCGACUAGCGCCAAGGCCGUGACCAAAAUCGGCGCCAUCUGCACCAUCGUCAACGCAGUGGUACUGGCCGCGGUCAUUCUGUCGCUGCGCCACCGCAUCUUCAUCGUGUACACCAACGACGAGUCGCUGCUGCAGCUUGCGGGAGUGGCCGUGCCCAUCUUUGUGUCGGCCUACUUUUUGGAGUCGCUCGAGAUGUUCAUGGCGGCGGUCCUUACGGGCAUGGGCGAAGUGCGCGUGAUCUUCUGGACGGCGCUGUUUGCGACGUGGUGCGUACAGUUGCCCGUGUGUUAUGUGUGGGCGUUCGUGUUUGACGCGGGCUUUGCAUCCCUGUGGAACGCCGUGUGCACGAUGGAAGCGGUGAAGUUGGUCAUUUUCGCAGUCGUGUUGGCAAGGGUGGACUGGGACGUCGUGACGGACCGCGCCAUCCAAGCGAGCGAGGCCAAGAGACCUUCGAAGGAUGACGACGAGACCGAGUUGAGACACCAGAAUGAACAACUGGUGGAGCUGUCGGACAUUUUCAACGGUCCUACGAUGGCAGGCGCCCCUCGAACCCCCCUCGCGUCCGCCGCCGUUACGCCGUCGUCCACUCGGAUGCGGAAACGCACCCUGUCGUACGGCGCUGUCGUAUCUGACCAAGCAGGUCAUGUCUAGACUUUCGGGAUUGAUUGUGUAUGUCCAAAGUAUACCGAAAAAGAACUUGUAUUCAUGGCAGCGUUAGUUGUACUAAAAUCAACACAAACGGUGCAUGGUUGUCUAUGAGUAACGUUGCCGCCAAGACACAGGUCAUCCAUCCCUCGCAUUAUUCGUCCGUAACGCAGCCCAGAGACGCCGACGACACGUUUUGAAUGUACUUGUACAAGGCGCCGCGGGUGGCUUUAAGGGGCGGCGCGCGCCAGUUGCUCGCGCGCUCGUGCAGUUGGGCGUCCGUCAGGUCCACGUCCACGCGGUUGGUCACGGCGUCGAUGGUCACCACGUCGCCAGACUCGAGCAGGGCGAUGGGGCCCCCCACUUGGGCUUCGGGGGUGAUG